GAAAGGUAACAUUAGUAAAAUGGCGGCAUCUCCAGCGGGAAGCACCAUGGAUGCUCAGGCUCGAUUCGGCCAUUCCGUUAAGGGGUUACUGACCGAGAAGGUGACCAGUUGUGGCACUGAUGUUAUCGCCCUCACCAAACAGGUGCUGAGAGGAUCUCGGAGCGCCGAGUUCCUUGGGCAGGCUGCCAGAAACAUGGUGAUGCAAGAGGAUGCUAUCCUGCACUCUGAAGAUAGUUUAAGGAAAAUGGCCAUUAUAACUACUCAUCUGCAGUAUCAGCAAGAAGCUAUUCAGAGAAAGUGAGUUUGCUCCUUGUUGCCAUUCUUUUGCCAAAUAUUCUAUCUCAUCCUGGUGUUGAACAGUCUUCUAAUUUGCGUGACCAACUGAGCCAUCUUUUGAAAUGAAAAAAGAGCAAUGGACAGCACCAAAGAAUGGCUGGAAACUGAUGGAGAAAACCAUGUCCCAAGAAUUGUGGAGUCCCAUUUCGUUUCCUGUUCUGCUUCAGCAAUUGCACUAUGAGACUGUUCUUGUCCAAAUUUCACAUGCCAAUUGUGAUGAUGGUUGUUUUGCUCAGAGGCACAUGUAGCUCGGUGCAUAAGACCCUGGCUUGAGAAAGGGAGUCAUCUGUUAAUUGUCUCAUUGCAAGUGUUCCCUUUCUAAAAAGAUGGUGCUUCCUUGUAUUUAUUUUAUGACAUGUUGUUUUUUCUUAAGGUAGCUAGGAAAUGGCAAAAGUAAUCUUAUAAUAGUAACCCCAGCACACCUUCCUAAAUAUUCUCACUUGUUCCCUGAAAUGUGAUGCAGAAGUGAUGGCAACCAACAAACUUGAAGGCAGAAAUCUACUUUCAAGGAAAGAGCCAUGAUUUAAAGGACUGGAUCCUUUUCUCUCUCUGCUUCAUUUUUAGAUAGUGGGAGCCAAGAUUGCUGAAUGCUGUUUGGAUACCUGGGGACUUAUUUCAAUUUUGUAUUAAUGGCUUACAAGCCAAUUCUUAAAUUCUGUAUGCUUCAUUGUAUAAAAACAACAUACACACCUGUGGUGAAAACAUUCAGAAAGUGAAGUACAAAUAUUUUAAUAAAUAAA